GAGAGUGCAUCGGUUCGAAAAGGGUCGCCCGGCGUCACAGCCGGCGUUCCAUCCACGAAUUUAAAUAUUUUUGCAGUAUCUUGCAAUUAUCUCGGCGUUUGUUAAUAGCAUAAGGUUGGUUGUUGAUUGGCCCGAACAUGGCGUCACCAAGCCUUUUGUAGGUUAGUUUUCUGGGCCCAAAAAUCUUCAUUUUGCGCGAAUAAAUGAGAUAAUAACCAUGUCAGGCCCCCACGGCGACUGUCCAAAUACGCCCGAAGGCCCCCCUGACGAAAUAACCGCGGCUUUUGAAGCCAUCAUGAUGAAAAAACUCGAUAUCCAACGGGAAAUAACGCACCUAACGCGUGAAAAUGAACAGUACCGCGUCCGCUUUGAAUUUUUGAGUCAGAAAAUGAGCGGUUUGAGCACCUUUCUGGGGCAAAGUGCGAGCAUUUUGAGCCAGUUGUGCGACAGUUCGAGGAACGCGCUCCAAAUUGCGAGGACUAGUUGCGAUACCCCCACAGUUGUGAAGAAACGCUCAGUGGGGGCGCAAAAUGUGCCGAAAAAGGCGCUAGUGAGGCACAACUUUCACAUUGAGCCUCUCGACCUGACCGCCUUGCAGCGGGAAAAUGUAGCGACAAGUUCGCCAAUUUCACACGAAAAUUUACGGGAGCAGGAACAUUCAGAUGAUGACGAACCGCUCCAAAAACGUCUUACAACGAUUUAUGAGGAAAGUUUGCGAAGACAGAGCGCUCCUAAGGAACUUUACGUCCAAGUAAGUCGAUUACCAAACACUGUCAUCGAAAAUCGUUCGCGGGAACGCGACCUGAGCAUUUCAAACAAUAGCCUUGAUAUUUCAAUGGACCCGACCUUUUGUUCAACUCCCUUGAAGCUGGAAACGAUGAAAAAGUUGGGUUUGGUGCCUUGCUCAGAGGUUCAGAAAUUGAAUAAUUUUGUGAGUGUAAGACAGAAGGCAAAUAAACCGGUGAAAUUAUCUCCAACUAAGGAAAUAGUCCAAAAUUUGGACAGAACAUUGAGAAAACGAAACACAACGAGUCCGAAAAGCCCAGAUUUGAAAAAACCCAAACUGAGUCCGAAAAAAUCGAAAGGGAAAGAGGAGACAAAACAGGUAGAAAAUUCCAGACCACAUCGCAGCGCCAAGCCAAAGAACCUCAAAGAAGACAAUCUCAAAUCGAAGAAACGUCGUAAUUAAGAUUUUUUACAUUAGAUAGGUUUUUCAUUUCAUUAUUCCUUUCAUAGCCGCCCUGAUUAAUGAAAGAAGGGUGGUUACGUCACGUGAGUUAGUAACAAAAGUUGAAUCAAUUGUUUAGUUACGAAGUCAUUUCAUGUGGCCCAACAGAUGGAGCUGGGUCAAGGCCACCUUCUUCAUUAAUCGAAGCGGGGGCGCACAGUACUGUAAAUACCUUUGUAGCGCUACUGUAAUGUUGAGACUGUUUAAAGGAAAAUUAUAAUUAUUGGGUUGUAAUUAAUAAUUUAUGUAAAACUAAUAAAUUGGAACAGAAUUUA